UAUUUCUUUCUUUAAAUGCAGUCUAAUUCAUAGAACAAAUUCAAUAGUUUUAAUAUAUUUACAUAACCAUUGCCUAUCAUAUUAGAGUCUAAGAUCUAGAAAAGUGCCAUCAUAUCAAAAAGAAACCAUGAACACAUAGACUUGUCAGAUUAUAAAAAUCAAAUAAAGAGUUACCGUAAGAGGAGGAUGUAACCAGGUGGGCUUGGUGGCCUGCCUGUAAUUCCAGUUGUGGGAGGCUAAGGCGGGCUCUCUAGAACAAGGUGGCUAGUGAGACCAUCUAGAUUGGGGAGCUCUGGCUUGGAUUGAGAGAGCUCGUAUCAGUAAAUAAGAUAGAAGAGUGAUCAAAGGUGAGUCUAGGGACCAGCUUCAGACCUUUGUGUGCAUGUCCACAUACGAACACAUGCAAACAUUCAUUCACAUACAUGAAAAUGAAAAAAAAAUAAAAAAAUAUUCAGUAAGGUGAGCUGUUUCCUAAUAUGGGCAUUUCUGGCUCAGUGGCUACCAGUGACAUCACAAAGUAUGUUGUAAGAAAGACCUCUCAAGGAUAACUACAUGGGUGGGUAAGAAGGUUGGUUAUUUGAAGAGACUCAGGCCAACAGUAAGGUGCAGCUGAGCCCAAACCAUCACAGACAGCAUGGCUAGAAAGAGACAGAGACGACCGAACAUAUCCCGCUCAAGAAGAGCAGAACUUCAAUUCCCCGUUAGCCGUGUAGACCGCUUCCUACGAGAAGGAAAGUUUUCUAGGCGCUUAAGCUCUUCUGCGCCUGUAUUCCUUGCCGGCGUUCUUGAGUACCUGACAUCCAACAUCCUUGACCUGGCUGGUGAGGAGGCCCAUAACAAUGGCAGGAAGCGCAUCGCUCCAGAGCAUGUGUGCCAAGUGGUACAGAACAAUGACCAGCUCCACCAAUUCUUCAAAGAAGGCACCAAAUCCCCAUUUGACUCAUCAGAGCCUGAUCAGAACUGAUGUUGCCUGGGUUUCAAGAGUCUGGAGAUCCACAACAUCUUCAGCCUCAAGCUGCCCCAGGGUCCUACUAACUGGGGGA